GAGGCGACGUGUCCCUGGCCCGGCCGAUGGCCGCCGCCCGCCGCGCCCGCGCUGACUGAUGUAUUUGAAGAGGCCGGCGGGCGGCCUCGCCUUCUGCCUCUUCUACCUGGCCUCCAGCUUCACCAACAAGUAUGUCCUGUCUGUCCUGCAAUUUACCUACCCUACCCUUUUUCAAGGGUGGCAGACAUUGGUGGGUGGACUUCUGCUUCACAUCUCCUGGAAGCUGGGCUGGGUGGAGAUAAACUUGUGUUCAAGGUCUGAAAUCCUGUCAUGGCUUCCUGCAUCAGUACUUUUUGUGGGCAUUAUUUAUGCUGGCUCCAGGGCACUGUCUAGAUUGCCAAUCCCGGUGUUCCUCACUGUGCACAACGCGGCAGAAGUCAUAACCUGUGGGUUCCAGAAGUUUGUGCAGAAAGAGCAGACCUCUCAUCUGAAAGUCUGUAGAUCGCAUGAUGUGGCAAUUACACAUGUCAUUUCAAUUACAGGGGCUUACAAAGUAUUUCACAAGUUGUGGAAACCUGGAUCUUUAAGUGAUCUGGACCAACAGUACAUCAACUAUGUGUUCAGUGUAGUGCUGUUGGCCUCUGCAUCCCAUCCAGCAGGUGAUCUCUUCAGUGCCUUGGAUUUUCCAUUCCUGUACUUCUACAGGUUUCAUAGCAGCUGCUGUGCCAGUGGACUGCUGGGAUUCUUUCUGAUGUUGCACACAGUGAAGCUAAAAAGCAGCACAACCUCGGGGCAAUAUGCAGCCUGGAGUUUCCUUGCAAAGGUUAUCACUGCUAGCUUAUCACCGUUCUUCUUUGUCAUGACUGCCAAUGUACUAACAAUUUCUUGCCUUGUGAUCGGUGGAGUUGGAGAAGCGUUGCUUGUUUACACUGAAAGGACAGGCACAUAAAGAGGAACCAGAUCUCACCAGCUGGAACAAAGCUGACUUGCAGCCUAGAGACACUAUCAAGAAAAAAAGUGGCAGCAGGAAUGGAGAAGUGCAACCAAACAUGAGGAAAGGGACCUAUUGUUUUUUUUUUUUAAUUAAAAAAAGAACCUAUGCUAUUAAUAGUGCUAGUAAGGGAGCAGCAUAGCUGGCAGAGAUGGUAAGGAGCCUUUGCCUCAAAGCACAAGACCAACUAUAUCAGAUUGAUGUGGUAAAGAAAAAACUGCACUGUAUCAUGCUGAUGGCUCUGUGUGAGCACCACUCAGUAGCAGCUUCUUGCACAGGGGCACAGGGAACUAAACUCAGGAAAAGCAGCAUUCCCCACUGUAUGCCCCGGGUGGUUUUUUUUUGUUUUUUUUUUUGAAGCAGACAGCAGGUCAUACCAAACAACGUAUAAAUU